AUAAGUGUACAACAACAAAAACAACAAUAACAUCAAUAAAAUAACGAACAACAGUCAUCAAUAAUAUAAAUAAUAACAAUUAUAAUAAUAAUUAACAACUUGCAAUUAUGUUCAAAACAUAAUUUUAUUUGACGGGCACCAGAGAUCAGAGUAUACAUUCAUUGUUCACAAGAGGCCAACUCUUUGACGGUAACCCCGUACAUCGCAUCACGUUUGCAUCACGUACCGGCAACACGAUAAAGUAGCUGCAACUUGCUGUGGUGCACUCGCGAAUACAAUCAAAUCGGUUGUUCGUGAUCAAUAACAACGUUGCCGUUCUAUUGUGUGUACGCGUGUCGCCGUAGACAUCUGUCCACCUGCCGGCGCGUGUCAUUCAUUCCCAACGAAGCUUCUGAAAUCGUCUCACACCUACAAUGUCCAGUGAUUCGAUUAAAACUGUAAGUAAUGAUUUAGUAUCGAAUUUUUUGUAGACGCAUCCACCCCCCCUCCCAACUUAUAUACUUGUGUAUUUUAAAUUUGGAUUUCCAUUGAUGGAUGUUUUUUUUUUUUUCAAAAUAUAUUGUUUUUUGACAAAUCACGUAGACACGUAACGAGCGUUAUCGACGAAUGAAUAUAUUAAUCAAUUUAGAUAGGUAACUGACAUCGUCGGAAGGUACUUGAAAAAAGUCAUCUUUCGUGAUCUUUUUAUUUUCUUUAAAAAUUGAUAUAAAUUUACAACUGCUCUAUCCACUCGGGAUUUUUUAUUUCAUUAUUUAUUGUUGUCUUGAGUAUUUAAGCAACAUUUAAUUAAAAUCAACCAGCACUGGAUCUGAGGGAAGGAUGAGCAAAUUAUACCUAACGAGUGUCCAAAAAAAAAAAAUAAAAGAAAUUUCUUAUUGGUAGCUAAUUUCUAUGGGCACUAAUAAUAUGUUUAUCCCCCGGGUGUCAUAAUUUGAAAUUCUAGCACUAGGUAAUUAAAAUUGUCAUACUUGUCAGUGGUGCUGAAAUAGAUUCCCAAGUAUAGUGGUUGUCAUAGUGAAUAUAAUAGGAGAGUAUUAUAAGAUGUUGUAAAAAGUUGACUACACUAGAUAGUUAAUAUUUAAGAAUAAAAAGCAAAUAUUGAAAUACAUACCUAUUUAUUUCAAAGAUAGCAAUCAAAUUUAAUUAAUAUAUCUAUACUAUAUAUAUUUAUUUACUAGUACAAAACUGCAGCUGAGGUAUUUAAGUCCUAAAUAAAUUUGUUACUCCCCAAAAUUAUUUUUUUAGCUUGAUGCAUUUGUUACUCGUAAUGCCAAUAAUAUUAGCCUUUAUUUUCUGUCUAUUAAUGUUUUUUAUUUUUUAUAAUUCAUAUUUAUCAUCAACAGUUUAACAACGUAGAAUCACCUGGAUUCGUUGGUUUUGCCAACUUGCCGAAUCAGGUGCAUCGGAAAUCCGUGAAGAAAGGAUUCGAGUUCACGCUUAUGGUUGUCGGAGAGUCUGGCUUAGGAAAAUCCACACUAGUCAACAGUCUUUUCUUGACAGACUUAUAUCCUGAACGCACAAUUGCUGAUGCCAUUGGUACAGUGUACUUAACAUAAUUCUGUACUGAUAAGGUUAAAUUGUACUUUGUUUGCUGAACUAUGUAUUUACUACCUUUUGUAGCAAAAACCAAACAAACCGUAAAAUUAGAUGCGUCUACUGUAGAAAUUGAAGAACGUGGGGUGAAAUUACGACUUACAGUUGUAGAUACUCCUGGAUUCGGUGACGCUAUUGACAACUCGGAUAGGUAUACAAUAUAUACGCACUCAAUAUGAUAGUAAUAAAUUACUUUCAUUUUUAAUAUCUAACUAACCAUUUUUUGAAAAACAAUUUUAGUUUCCGAGCUAUUAUUCAAUAUAUAGAUGAACAGUAUGAACGAUUCUUAAAAGAUGAAAGCGGUUUAAACAGACGACACAUUAUUGAUAACCGUGUCCAUUGUUGUUUCUAUUUUGUUUCUCCGUUUGGCCAUGGGUAAGUUAGUCUUAAUCUUAAUUUAUUAAUCAAAUCAAAGGUCAUACUUGAUAAUAAAAUACAAUUUAUUAUUACUUUACAUUACUUUACUUUAACAAAAAAUUAACCAUUAAACACAAAUAAAUUGAAAAAAUCCACAAAAAAAUAUUAUAAUAGUUUUUGUUCAUUAUACAGUAUUAAUUAUUAUUAUAACAUAUUUUAAUUAAUGUAUCAAAUUAGUAUGUAUUCAUAUCAAAUCAUCUAAAAUGGUAAAUUUUACCUACCGAUUGUAAUAGAUGCCUAUUCUAAGUUAUAAUAUUUCGCGAUACAGCUAGUACAUUGUAUGUACUUAGUUCAUUUAAUUUGUGCUACACUAGUGAUAACAAUUUAAAAAAUUGAGUCAUUGUUUCUUAUGAAAAAAUAAUAAAACUAUGAUAGACCCCUAAGUAAAUAUAUUUUGAUGAAAAUAAAUAAAAAAAGAAGUCUUAAGUUAUGAAAAAUGAAAAAAAAAAUAGAAAAGACAAUUAAUUUUUAAUUUAUAGACUGAAGCCAUUGGAUAUUGAAUUAAUGAAAAAAUUACACAACAAAGUAAACAUAGUUCCUGUUAUUGCUAAAUCAGAUGUUCUUACAAAAAAAGAAAUACAGAAAUUAAAGAAAAGAGUAAAUAUAUUUAUUUCUUUACUUGUUACAUUUUAAUAGAUAUAUACAAUGUUAUUGAAUUAUAAACAUAAAAACAUAAAAUAUUUAGAUUUUUAACGGAAUACAAAUCUUUUUACAGAUUCUCGAAGAAAUUGAAGCCAGUGGUAUUAAGAUUUAUCCACUACCUGAUUGUGAUAGUGAUGAAGAUGAAGACUACAAAGAACAGGUCUUUUAAAAAUAUUCAAUUGGUCAGUUUUGUUCUUCAAAUGAAGAAUUACAAAUAUUUUACAGGUAAAACAAUUAAAAGAAGCAGUACCCUUUGCAGUAUGUGGUGCAAAUCAGUUAUUAGAAGUAAGGGGUAAAAAAGUACGUGGGCGUUUCUAUCCUUGGGGUGUUGUUGAAGUGGAAAAUCCUGAACAUUGUGACUUCAUAAAAUUACGUACUAUGUUGAUGUAAAUAUAAACUUCCAUUAACUAUAAUUAACUAUAAAAUUGAUGAAUAGUAUUCAAAUACUCGUUUGUAUGUUUUUAGCACACACAUGCAAGAUCUGCAAGAAGUAACACAAGAAGUACAUUAUGAAAAUUAUCGAUCUGAACGUUUAGCAAAAGGAGUUCCUGUGCCGAAAAGAACAACGUAUGUGUAAUAAAUUAUUCUAUUUAUGUUUAAUGUUUACAAGAAUUUGUUACGAUUUUCUAUAUUUGAAUAUAGAUCUCUUCCUGAACAUGAGAAAAAUGUUGGCUCAGAAAAAGAUAGAAUGUUGCAGGAAAAAGAAGCUGAACUUAAACGAAUGCAAGAUGUUAUUGCAAAGAUGCAAGCUCAAAUGCAACAACAAACGCCAUAAUUUCCAUGUUAUCCAUAUUUUUUUUACACAAUUUUGUGUGGAAACAACAAAUAUCUUUAUGAUGCCAUAAUUCAAAACUAUUAAUUUAUUCUACUAAAUAGUGUAACUUAAAUUAUAAAAAUUAAUAUUAUCAUUUUUACAUUUUGAACUUUAAAUAAUUAUUGAUUUACAAUUUAAAUUAUUAAUUUAUUUUACAAUUAGCAACUAGUAAUUUUACUACUAGUACAAUGUUAUUAUGCAACUACUUUGAACCAAAAGGGGUUUUUAAUUUCAUCAUUUAUAAAAAUAAACAAUAGCUAUCUGAAUUUUGAUCAUAAAAACUAAGAACAGAUCUGAACCUUUUCAUUUUAAUGCAAGCAUUUAUUAAUAUAAUUAAUCCAUUUUAUAAAUUACCAGCAAUUAGUUUUAAUCAUAAAAUAUUUUAUUUAAAUAAAUUUGAUUUAACCAUUAUACUUUAUAAAGACGUACUUAAUUUUAGAUGGGGGCCCUAUAAUCUUUAAUCUUUUUUUUAUUAUUAUUAUUAAUAACAGGGAAUGUAAUUAAUAAAGAAAUCUAAAUUUAUAACAGUAAUUAAUUGUGCAAUGAAGUGACUUGUAGUGUUUUCAUUUUCUAUGCAUAUCAAAUAUUAUUUAUGUUCUCAUCAAUUUUUUUUACGUGCUUAUUUAUUUGUGGUUAAUUUGCCCAAAACUUUACUACAAGAUAUAUUGUUAGUAUAUUAUAAUAUUUAUAAUUGAUAUAUACCUAUUUAUUAGGUAUGUAUGUGAAAUAUAUUUUUAAAUACAAAUUCCUUUACUAAUUUUUUUUUUUUUAAUGAUAUAUACUUUAUAUAUUGUAUAAUAUUCACUAUACUUACAAUUUUAUACAAAAUGUUCAUAUUUAUCACAUUAUCCAUAAAAAAUAUUAUUUGCCUGUAUUAUAUAAAAUUAUUUUGAAUUAUACUAUUUUUAUUUUUAUAUCUAUAUUUUAAUACUAAAAAUACAUAAAUUAGUUUAUCAAAUUGUUAAAAAUCAAAAUAAUGUAUUACAAAACAGCAUUAAAAAAUCAAAUGUCUAUUUAUAAAUUAUAUUUUUAUAUAAUGUAUGUUCAAUUUUUUUUCAACAUUGUAUAAUGUAAAUGGUAC